UCGAGAAACCAUCAAAUAUAAAAUGUAAUAUUGAACAAUAAUUUUUUCAUUGGGAAGGGAAUAAACGAAAGUUGGUUGACGGUUAAAAUGAAAUAUCGAAUCGAAUCGAAAUAAUAACGGAGCGAACGGUGGGUCAAAAGUUUUUCUUCGAGGCUUUUUCGAUCUACGUACGGAAACGGAAAUUCAUAUACCGCCCGUGGUAGCAGCAGCGGUAAUCCACCGCUCCUCCUCGUGCGCGACGCGUACGUUGCGUAUGGGGCUAUCAUCGGGGGUAUAUACUACGAUAUAUAUACAUGUGCAGACGGCGAUUGCUAGCAGCAGAAUAUAAUGGACUGGUGACUUUUCGUGUUCGGGGCUUGGCUCUCCUGGGGUUACUUGGCAGUUGCCCCAAGAUGGCGGACUCGGUUCGCGUGCGACGGGCACGGGCUGAAAAGUGCAAAAGACGCGACAAGUGAGACCGAGCCCGUGGGGUACGAGGGUCGCGGGAAGGAGUCAAAUAAAACCGGGUCGAAGUUAUCUCGGACACGCUCGUAACGCGAGCCGCUCAACACCGUGUCAUUUGAAAACAGUGAAUCCUCGUAACCAAGGGAAGUAAUCGUGAGAAUCGCGAGAUGAGUGUGGCUGGGUUUGCGAGUCCGGUGGAAAAGUCGAGAAAAAGCAAAACCUCGAGGAAGCAUCAGAAUAAAGGUUCCAGCACGCAUAAAAAAACUUUACGUAACUAAAGUGUGAGAAAGAAUAAAAAAACGCAGAGAACAUAGAGACGAAGAGGCCGACGCUCCAGCGAACAAGUUCUUCUGGAAAAAUAAAUUGAAUCGCGCGCUCGUAAUUAUUUCGUCGUAUCCGCAACGUUCGGAUCGAUAAAAAGUUUGACGAAGCUAAAGGAGAGGAAAAAUAAUCUUUCUUCCGGCAAAUCGAAUGAUUUUUUUGGUUUUCAUGUAUUCGUUUACGCUUUAUAUGAAUUGAGGAUCGAACGGAGAACAAUUCGGAAGGGCCAAUAAUAGGCAGGGAAAAUAACGAAAAAAAAAAAAUUGAAAAAGGAUCCAACGAAAUGGCGACGAUGGCAGGAGGGGCGGAAUACAUUUCCGUUAAAGAUUUUUACAGAGGAAGAUCGAUCUUCAUUACCGGUAGCACCGGCUUUAUGGGAAAAGUCCUCGUCGAGAAGCUUCUCAGAUCAUGUCCCGGCAUUAAAAACAUCUAUUUGCUUAUAAGGCCGAAAAAAGGACAGAGCAUACAGCAGAGGCUAGAAGAUCUUCUCAAAGCACCGCUUUUCGAGAAACUGCGUCGUGACAGCGCGUUCGAGCUAACGAAGAUCGUGCCUAUAGCCGGUGACGUCACGGAACCCGAUCUUGGAAUAUCGGUUGCCGAUCAAGAGACUCUCACGCGAUGCGUCUCCGUUGUUUUUCACUCCGCGGCAACCGUCAAAUUCGACGAGGCACUCAAGCUUUCCGUUACCAUUAACAUGCUCGGUAGCGAGAGACUCGUACAUUUGUGCCAUCGUAUGCAUAAUUUGGAGGCUUUGAUUCACGUAUCGACGGCGUACUGCAACUGCGAUCGUACAGACGUGGCUGAGGAAAUAUAUCCGGCACCACAAAAUCCACAAGAAGUGAUAUCGUGCACCAGAUGGAUGGACGACAAACUCGUUGAGGAAUUAACGCCAAAGUUGAUUGCCGGUAGACCGAACACUUAUACGUUUACGAAAGCACUCGCGGAAACGAUGUUACUCGGUGAGAGCGGUACGUUACCGGUGGCGAUCGUAAGGCCCUCGAUCGUUUUGUCGUCCUUUAGGGAACCGGUCGCCGGUUGGGUUGACAAUUGCAACGGACCCACCGGCAUUAUAGCCGCUGCUGGCAAAGGAUUUUUCAGAACGAUGAUGUGCUACGCCGAUAAAGUAGCGGAUUUGGUACCGGUAGACAUCGUGAUAAACCUUAUGAUAUGCGCCGCCUGGAGAACGGCGACACACCGUAGCGACACGAUAACGGUAUACAAUUGUUGUACCGGUCAACAGAAUCCAAUAACAUGGAGAGAAUUCGUCGAAUUGUCGUUCAAGUACUGCCGGAAAUAUCCAAUGAGCGACGCGAUAUGGUAUCCCGGUGGCCGUUGUCGCAGUUCACCCUUCUUCAACAAGCUCAUGUACACGUUCCAGCACGUAUUGCCAGCGCACAUAUUAGAUUUUAUCGCUCGAUUAAAAGGCUCCAAACCGAUAAUGACGCGGGUACAAAAGAAACUGAACAAAGCGGCAAAGUGCUUGGAAUACUUCAGCACCCAACAGUGGAACUUCAGGGACGACAAUGUCAGGAGACUUGGCUACGAGCUCAGUCCCGAUGAUAGACAAACUUUCAUGUUCGAUGUCAAACAGAUUGAUUGGCCAUCCUACUUGGAGAAUUACAUCCUCGGUAUUCGACAGUUUAUCUUCAAGGAGAGUCCGGAUACACUGCCAGCCGCACGCAAACACAUUAUGAAAUUAUUUUGGCUGCAGAGAGCGGUGCAAUUUGGACUUGUCGUCGUUGUACUGCGCGUACUAAUAUCACGUAGUUCGAUCGUAAGAUCAGCGUGGUUCUCUCUACUUUCGGUAGUUCUACGCCUCUGUCGUAUGAUUGUUUGACGGCUCAGUGCCCUAAGGAUCAUUAUUUUUUUCCAUUACUUGAGUCACACGACGACGACGCCGACGACGACGACGACGACGACGACGACGACGACGACGACGACGACGACGACGAGGAGACGUUGUUAUUAUUUGAAGGUGCGAAUUGUCGUCCGGACCUCAACGCUCAGUAUCCACGAAGAUAUGGACAACAAAAUGAAAAUCCAAACGCGCUAUCUUCCUUUCCCAAUGUGUUGGCCUUUUUAAUGUUUGUAUUCUUUCGUAAUGUAUAAUUAGUUAUCAGUAGGGACAAAAACAAUAUACGGGGUGUCGGAAAUAUCAUGACCGAGAUUCUUAGAAGGAAUUCCUAAGAGAACUGUUCCCAGCGGUUUCUCUCUCCUCCGACGCCACCGUGUCGAAUGAGAUAUCGGUCGAUCCUUUCGUUUUCAGAAAAGAGUUUUCUUUUUUUCUUGUUAAUCUAUUAGAAAUUUUUGGCUGGCAUCGUUUGGACACCCUGUAUAUUAGACGCACAAGGUGCGCGUGUAAAGAAGAGUGUCGGCCACCGAAAUUAAUCAAACAAAAAGCUCCAAAAAUCAUCAACAAAUUGUUUGAGAAUCGUGUGAAAAAAAAAAUUGUAGCCGCAGUACAGAAUUGAAGCAGAAAUGAAUAUAAGUGAUGCAUUUCACUCUUAGCCCUGUCAUUUUUAUCGGAGCAUUGAUUUACCUAGUUUUCUCAGUCGUUGUAAUUCAUUCGUAUUAAAAAGAAAACAAACUUUGUGCAGCUCCAAAUGUGUCUCCUUAUUCGGGGGAGAAUGUAACGCCUUAUUUUUGCAUAAAUUUUUCACAACAAAUUAACGGUACGGUUCAGUGGUAAUCGAAAUAUUUUUUCCUGCAAACGCAAUUUCUAAUAAAUCCUCGACCCAAAUACCUCGAAAUACAGAAUUAGAAUGAUCGUUCCGAUGAUUCGCUGCGAUUUUCAUUUCGAUUACGAAAAAAAAAUUCAAGUCAAUUUGUGAUAAUUACGUCCGCGAUAAUGGAGCGAAGAAUAAAUCACUCGUGCUGGCGCGAAAUUAAAACUCAGGAGUGUAUGAGGGCAAGAAAACGUCGUUCUAACCAAAUAGGAAAAAAGUAAAGAAGAAAGACAAAUGAAUUGUUUUAAUCGCUAUGCCCCUUCUCUCGAAGUUGGUGUGCCUUCGAAGCCAUUUUUCGGUGUCCGACAUUCUAUUUUCAUUUUAUCCUGUGACUCUAUUUGUAAGAUAUAUAACUAGAUACGGGUCGUAUUUGUCGAAGCACGCUGAUUAUGAAACGUUCGAGUCCUGCAAGAGUUGAAAAAAGAAAAGCUACUUGAGGAUGCUGCACACACGUAUAUUUUGAUUGAAAAAUUUCGCUACUCGACGAUUUGAAAAAAAUGUUGAAAAAUUCGAAAAUAUUUCGGGCCUCGAAACAUCCAACAAUUUUUGAGUAACAACCGUGUUCAAAUAAUUUUAAAUAAUCCUUCGUCCAAAACAAUUUUGUACUCUGUACAACCAUUACAUUGUUGAGAAAUGUCGGAAAACAAUUCCGGCUACUUGAAAAAAAUCACGCAAAUUAAAAAGUUUUUUCAUCCAGUAUUGAAUUUUUAUUAAAUUUAAUUGAGAAUUUUCAUUGAAACUUUUACGGUUUUAUCGAUGCCCGAAUAUUUUUAGACUGUGGUCUAAUAUCGUAAUUCCAACCAAAUGAGAAAUUUUUGGCUGGCAAAAUGUGCGCGUGAGUAAUUUUCUUAAGAAAAGCAUUGAGCUGCAUGAAAAAAGUUUACAAUCAUCAAUAAUCCCAUUAGUAAGAAAAAAAUACCAUGAAUAGCAUCUGUUUUUUCGUUUGCUCAAGUUCGACGCAGUGGUUGUCCUAAGAUAUACCGAUACACAUACAAAUGUAUAUAUAUAUAUCAAAUACUGCCACAUGGAACUGUGCAUAAUACAUUUUUGUGCCGUAGACGAGACGAAAAGAGUUCGCGAUGAAAAGAAAAAAUGCAUAAAUUUGAAAAAGUAAAGAAAAUACAAUGGUUUUUUUUCAGUUUUUCCCUUUUUUCAAUGGGAACUGAAAAUCAAUCGAGGAAAACGCUGUUUCGACUAAUGUGCAUUGUACCGUAUCGUGUCUCUAUGUAUCUUGCACACUCGUAACGUCACAGUGAUCAUCGAACAACCCGGCCGUCUUCUAUUUAUUCUGUUUCUUUGGGAAUUUUUGAAGGCAUCGGCAACUUUAUUGUUUCGAAACUAGUGUGAAGUGAACGCGGAACGAAUGAAGAACUACGAUAAUAGUACAGAAACGGGUAAUUAAAGAAGAGGCGAAAUUUAAAUUCAAAAAACACGAAAAAAUCCUUUUUUUUCACAGAACUUGUGAUUGUUUCGAAGGAAUUAUUCCGUUGAUAAUAAUUGAUUGAUCUGUGUAUUAUCUCGCGUGACUUGAGAAAAUUUGAGAAAUCAUUGAAAAUGAUUUUCCCCGUCAGUACCAAAGUAUAAAAUAAUUCGGACUAACGUUUUAAAAGUAAUUGGAUGGUUAAAAAACUUUCAUUCGACAAGCGUCUGGAUUGUCAGAAGAAAUGAGAAUCAAUCGUUGCUAGCACGAGAUUGCUUUUCUCUACGGGUCUUUUUAAAAGUAAAAAAAAAAAUAAAAAAAAAACACAGAAAAAAAUACCGGAUGAAGCACUGGCGCACGAGAGAUGAAUGAAUAAUUGGAAGAAAUACGAUAAAAAGAAACGUCGAAAACGAAGAAAAAAGAAUAACCCGUAGAUUUAGCUAGACGAAAAAGCAUUGUAAAUACGAAGUUGUUGCUGCUGAGCGGGUAACGAUGCAGUGUGUUAUGUAUUAUAUAGCUAUUAAUUCGGACUACCGCGAGUUCGCCGAUAAUUUUUAGAACUUUGUCGUAGGCACCCCUCGUGCAACCGAGCGCGAACCAAAAAAGCAUAACGAAGAAAAAAGUAAAAGCAACACGGGAGAGAAAAAUAAUGAUACGCGAAAGCGCAUCGAUUCCAUUGUUACGAUGAAAAAUGAAAAAAAUGAAAAAUGAAAAAAAAAAAUGAAAAAAAAAACACACAUACACAAAACAAAAGAAAAUGAAGAAAUUGUGUAGGUUACGGUACGAUAUUCCAAUAUUCAUAUCGUUAUUUUCGUGUUUUAUUUUUUUCUUUCAUCAGUUUCCAUUUGUAUAUUAUUCCAAGAAGCUCCAGCAAAACGACCGCGCUUUUUCUCUCCAAUGAUAUUUUCAACUUCCGAAAGAGCCGAUGAUCUUAGUUUUUUUUUUUUUUUUUUUUUUAUACUCCUACGGUUGGAUUAUUUCUCCCCGCGAGAAUUAUAUAAAACAUUACGAGAAACUUCCACGCAACAAAAUAUCAUUGCACCGGAGAAAAAUUGUAUCCAGUAUAAGAUCGAAGCCGAGAUACGAAUUACAAAAUCAAAUGACAAUUGAAAAGUGUACGCAAAAAUAAUUGCGAAAGAAGAUCGACCUUGCAAACGGUAAAGUUGAGAGAAUUUGUCGUUUCUCGAUGGAAACUCUUAAUAACGCAUAGAAAAAUACAAUUAUUCUUUUCGCCGGAGAGUUAUAAAUACAUGAAGGAAAUUAUUUUUCCUUGGCAUUCGCUUAGAACGGUGAAUGAGAGAAAAAUUGGCUUCGUAUACGCGCCGCGCAAACGCUCUUAUACACGCGAAGGCUUCGAAAACUAGAAAAAAAGAAAAGAAAAGAAAAAAAAAAAAGACACACGUUAAUCGAAAGCUCAAGAAAGAUGAAAAAACAAGAUUUCCGAACGCUUCCUACGCUUUAUCGUAAGGUAAAACUCUGCUAUAUAUUGAAUACGAUUUUGCUUCUUUUUCGUCCUAGCCUCGAGAGUAUGGUUCAGAGUCGAUAUCUCGCCGCCGUCAGUGCGAGAAUGAUGGCUCCAAAUUUUUGUAGCUGAAAUUUUUCCACAACGUCCGAACGUAAUGAGAAAAUUGCCGGCUCAUUUUUACCGUUUCCCUGCGUGGAAUGCGCCCCUCCUUCCCUCCCUCUGCCACCACCGGUGUGCGCAAUCGGUCAAAUUAUAUCGAAAAUGGCAACUUGAAAAAUUUGCGACGCGUCAGCGGCCGAUUGACAACGCCGUGCUCUUAAAAACAAAUAGAAAACACGAGCAAAGACAAAAAAACUAUUCCGAGAAACAUCAAGUACUAUAAGACUACUAGAGAUUUAUGAGUUUAUUGAGUUUUGUUCGUUUGUCUUUCGAAACGCACGACGUUAAGUAUAAACGUAUAAAUGCGUUUUUGAAAUGUAUUUAAUCGAGAGUUUUUCUGGUGAAUACACUAGGUAGCUCCUCGUAGUCGUCGAAACGAAUGAUUUUAUUUGUGCCAAAUUCGCAAAAGAAGCAUGCCUUUUUUUUACUAUCUUUACGACAGGACGUGAGAUUGUAUUGGUAAUAAAAAGCAUGUAAUUAAAGAUUAAGUAUUGGUUGCGGUUAAGCUUCGAUCAAGAUUUUAAGGAUAACAAUGCAUAUUAAUAAUGAUUAAAAAAAAAAAUGGUUUCGUUCGAAGGAAUAAACAUUAUUCGAUGUACCAUGCGACAUAUUCUAUUUAAUUCCAAUUUCAAGAAUAAAAAAAAAAAGUUCGUUCCGAAGGAGCCAAUUGAGAUGGUGUGUGAUAUAUCGGUUAUUCGGUCGGUAAAAAUUCUGUCGCACCGUUUAUUCCGAGUAGCUUGAUAUUUGAAAGAAAAUAUGAGUUAGGCGCUACUGCGAGGUGUAACUUUUAUUUUCCUCUAAAAAUCAAGGAUUUUCGAGUGAAGCGUGCAACGAGUUUGCAGCCAUCGAUAGAUCACCGUAAAUGGGCUAUAAAAACUCUUUUGUUGAAUUUGAACGUUCCGACGAAGACGACGACGCGUCACCGCGAGCGAAUUGUUUUAUAUUUUCCCCCGAUGAUUACUUCCCAACAUGCGAAGAAGAAGAAGAAGAAGAAGAAGAAGAAGAAGAAGAAGAAGAAGGACGAAGGACGAAGGACGAAGCAAAUUGACAGACGGACAUUUAUAUUAUUAUGUAAGCACGGAUAAGCAAAAGUGAAGCGAGAACGAAUUGAACGGUUAUUGCAAGUGAAACUUGAUUUAGUCGCGGAGAUCCUCGACGAUUGUUGACCCCCGCCAUCGCGUGCGUUCUCGGUGCACUAUUAAUUACAGUCUAUACACGUUAUAUUGACGAGGGAGGAAAAACUUUGUGCUCGUCGCCCGACCGCAAUGUCGAAUCUUUAAAUAUUCAUUGAAACGAGAGGUAGAAAUAAAAAUGAAAACAAAACAACCGGCCGUGCUAUAAAUGAAUAGUCAAUAUUUGUACGUAUUCGUGAAUUUCGUGUCACCCGUUGCCUGUGCCUUUGAGACAUCCGUAGUUGCUGAUAAUUCGAUCGAAUCGUUUACACAAUAUUAUACUUUUUUUACUCAUUUAUUUUAAUCUUUGCUCUUGUUUUUACAUUCGUUGUAUCGGUCGGAGUGGGCUUCCCUUUCAAAUUUGUUUACUAAUCUGUAGAUCAUCGCUGCCAACAAUUACUGAGCAAAAAAGGAGAAAGAUGGAGAAACAAAAACGAAGCGAGGAAAAAAUGAAUAAAUAAAAACAAAUGUUUCGAAGCGCGAAUGAAUUUUUUCGUCGCCAGGAGAAACUCGGAGUGAAUGAGGGAGAGAAAAUUAUGAAAAGGCGAAAGAGAGAGAGAGAGAGAGAGAGAGAGAGAGAGAGAGAGAGAGAGAGAUAUCUGUUCAAUUAAAUGAAUUACCGAAGUAACGAUAAAAAAAAUUAUUUAGCGCCAAGAAGUAAGAAAAAAAAAACCAUAAAAAUUAAGCAAACUCAAAAUGAGGUAGCGCUGCGAACGUCACCAGCUAGUCUCGUCUGUAAACGUUAUCCGGUCACACGAUGCAUACCACAAACAACAAAUAUUUAAUAUUAUUAAUUUCAUUAAUAUUAUACUGUACUAUUAUAGAAUACAUUAAAAAACAAAAAUACAAAAUUAAAAACAAAA